AUGAAUGAAACGGAAUUUAUUCUAAUUCUUGGUGACAUAUACACACCUUCAAGAGCCCUUUGUAUACCAAAUCAAUUCAAAGAAUUGCUGAGGAAUAACAAGAUUUCAGCUGUAUUUUGUACUGGCAACUUAGGUUCUGAUGAUGUAAAGGAGGAACUUGAGAAUAUAUCCACAAAUUUGUACAUAACCAAGGGGGAUUUUGAUAUGAAUGAUGAAUAUCCAGAAUAUUUGAAUGUCAAAAUAGGGGAAUUCAACUUUGGCAUGAUUCAUGGACACCAAAUUGUGCCUUGGGGGAAUUUUGAUUCAUUAAGAGCUAUAGCGAUACAACUAAAUUGUGAUAUAUUAAUUUCAGGUCAUACCCAUGAACUAUCUGUUAUCACCAAAUCCGAUAGAUGUUAUAUUAACCCCUCAACAUGCACCGGAGCCUAUCAGCCCUGGUCCCCAAAUCCCAUCCCUUCGUUUGUGCUGCUAGCUGUUACUGGCGAUCAAAUAAUGAUAUACACGUAUCAAAUCGGGUUAGGGAUUGAUAAUGACGGGAAGCCGAAUGUUAAUAUGGUAAAGUGGUCCAAGAACAAUAGAAGAAUGGAUCCUUAA